CCAAAGAUAAUAUACAAAUGAUAAUAGAUUCAAAAUGAGCACAACUACUAAAAAUUGGUUUAUAGUAUUUUGCCUAGUUUUAGGAUUAAUUAGCAAAGGGUUUUAAGCAAAAAGAAAAAAAAACGAACAUAUGUUGUGAUAAGCUGCGUAAACGAAAGGAAAUUCAUUAAAAUUGUUUAACAUUCAUUUUCUUUAAAUCACUAUUAAUUCUCAUUGUGCUUCGUAUGUUAUAAAGUAAACAACACGUAUUUAUUUUUGAACAAGUUUCAGUUAAAUAUUAACCUCUAUACAUAUCCCUCGACUUCUUUAAGCGCAAUGUUUUGCCAAACGGGCAUUAGAAAAUGAGAAUUUAGAGGAUAAUGAUGAAAACUAUGAUUAUAUCGACUAUGACUAUACUGGAAAUUAUAAUGACAGUGACAAUGAUAACAACGAUAACCAUGAUUCAAAGUCAGCAAUAACAUCAAUGGGACAAAAUCCACCGUAUUUUGAACAGACAAAUGUUCACGUAACCGCCGAUCCAAAUAGUGAUGUGAUUUUGAACUGUGACGUUAGAAAUUUUCAUGUGAAUAAUGUUGUGAUUUGGUCUAAAGAUGAAACUGUUUACGCUAAUGGUCAAUAUACGUUAAACAAACGUGUAGAAACUUUAAAGAACAAUUCAAUAGUAUUAAAAAAUAUUAAACCUGACGAUGCCGGCACUUACUAUUGCGAAGUUCUUCCCGAGAAAAUACGCCUGGAGGUAGUGUUAGAUGUUAAUAAAAUGCUUAAUAUUCAAUGUGAUGGUCGUGAUGUUAUUGAUCGUAAAAUAGUUUUUCGACAAGGCGAGUCUCAUAUAUGUGAGUGUAAAUCAAGAGGAUCAAAUGAAGCCAACAUUAAAUGGUCGGUUAAUGGCAAUCGUUUCGAUGAAACUCUUGGUGAAUUAAUACAUGGUUCUAUAAUACUAAACGGCAUAGAGGAUCAUCACAAUGGUAUUUAUCAAUGUCUGGAUGAUGAUGGCAGUGAAAAACCUAAACAUGGCAUGUUUAUUAUUGAAGUGCUUUUCCCACCUAAAGUAACCACACAUCGACACCAUAUUAAUACCGAAAUGGGUGGAAAUGCUGAAUUAUAUUGUGAUUACAAAGGAAAUCCUAUUGCCAUUACCACUUGGCUGAAAAAUAAUCAACCAAUUAAAUAUUCCGAAAAGUACAUGAUUACAUAUGCUAUGGAAAAGCAUUUUAAUCGAAGCACACUUACUGUUAAAGAUGUAACUAUGGAAGAUUUGGGAGAAUACAUAUGCAGAGCUGAGAAUUCUAUAGGUUCUAAUGAACUUAGAACACACUUAAUGCUCGAGCCCGAGAAAGGACAGUUGGAAAAUGUGGUAAUUGAUGGAAAAAAAGUUACAUUACAUUGGUUGGUACGUAGUCUUCAACCAUUGUCGGAAGCAGUUCUUGAUUACAAAAUGUCUGGGUCUUACACAUGGAGUUCAACUACAGUUAUACACACACAACGUCAUGAGAAUGGCAUUUGGAAAGUAACUCAUGAAAUGGAGUUAAUAGAGGGUGAAUGGCAAACUCGUAUGAAGACUAAGAACAUUAUGGGUUGGUCGAAAUUUUCCGCCCCAUUUAUAUUCAAAAUUGAAGAUGAAGAUGACUUCAACAAUGAGACCAGCAAUGAUAAGUUGGCAAUGGCUGGUUUUGGAGUUACAAGAAGUGCUUCAACAACUGUUUUUAAUUCACUACUUCAAAGUAUUUUAAUAUUAACAUUAGGCGUGCAAAUCUACAUGCUUUAGAUUUUAGUUUAAUAAAUAUGUUGUAUAUUGUCAAUUAUUUUCCAAAAAUCCUUUAGAAAGGAAUACAGGUGCAAUCCUAUUUAUUAUAUGUAUUUUAGACAAAUUUUAAAUAAUAAAUUAAAUUCAUAAUAUUUAUUUAUGUUAAUCUUACAGUACAAUUAAAAUGAGUACGAUUUCGAAACAAA